UGCCCAUCAAAUUUCUGCCCAUCAAAUUCGAAAAGCUCCGCCUCGAGCUCGAAGCCGCCCGUAUGGCCGGUUACGACAAGGCCAUCACCUUCGAGUUCUCGCAUUUUAUGAGGCCGCAAUCGGCCUACCUCCAGGCCGGACAUUUGUAUAA